CGUGUAUCUAUAGAUUAGGGUUCUUUUCUUCAAAGGAACGCAAUAACUUAGAAGACUUUCUCUCUCUCUCUCUCUCUCUCUCUCUAUAGCUAGGUCGCUCAGUCGGUCGCUCCGAUAGUGUCUUGUCUGCCGACAGUUGAAAGCAUGUCAGAAGAAGGGGAGUACCGCUGUUUCAUUGGGGGCCUUUCAUGGUCAACUUCUGAUAGAGGUCUAAAGGAUGCAUUUGAUAAGUUUGGCCAUCUUAUAGAAGCUAAGGUUGCUGUUGACAAGUUCUCUGGACGUUCUCGUGGAUUUGGAUUUGUCACCUUUGAUGAGGAGAAAGCAAUGGAAGAUGCCAUUGAAUCAAUGCAUGGAAUGGAUUUGGAUGGGCGAACUAUUACUGUUGAGAGAGCUCAGCCCCAGCAAGGUUCUGGCAGGGGCCAUGACAGCGAUCGCCCCCGAGACCGAGACCGAGACCGUGGUCGUGAUCGUGAUCGUAAUCGUGACUAUGGAGGUGGCCGUGGUUCUGGGGGUGGAGAGUGCUUUAAGUGUGGCAAGCCAGGCCAUUUUGCCAGGGAGUGCCCCAAUGGAGGUGGAGGGGGCAGGUACAGUGGCAGGGAUGAUAGGUAUGGUGGAGGUGGUGGUGGUGGUGGUGGUGGUGGUGGAGGGCGUUAUGGUCCUGAUAGGAAUGGGGAUCGAUUUGGAGGACGUAACAGGGAUUUUGGUGGUCGUGGGGGAGGUGACCGAUACAACCGUGACCGUGCUGGCCCAUAUGACCGCCGGGGUUCUGGAGGUUUCCGAUCUGGGUGAAUGACUUAAAUUUGUGGUGAAGAACUGGAGGAGCUCCAACUUGCAGAUGCAAAUGCUGAAGGCUUUUUUGUUGCAAGAUGUGUUCACUUAAUGAUGUUUGGGCUAGCGGAACAAUGUAGUUGAUCAAUAUUUUGGAAGUUUGGAUCUUGACACCAAUAACCUACUAUUCUGUGCACUAAAAUGUUCGAUACCUUGGUCUGGAGUCUUAUGCUUGCUUGACAUGUUGGAAUCUGGUUUUACGCUUUUGAAUGCCAUUAUUGCUGCUGGAUAUCUACUA